CAGAGGGGGGAGGGGGGAGGGAGCGGCUCAUGAUAUAUAUAAGUAUCAGGUUGUUGGUUCUCAAUCCGAACACCAGACAGACAAACGCCUGUCUCAGCCCAGUCCCGCCAAAAACACCGCCCUCCUCUUCUUCCCAAUGGCUCGAUCCACUGUCCUUCUCCGGCUGUCGAGGCGAAAGCACGAGGGCCCUUCCUCGGUCUCCCACGACCAAGUGAAACAGGCCCCAUCGGAGAAGGAGAACUCGUGGCGACGCAAGUCUCUGGCUUCCCUGAGCCGCAGGCUUAGCCCGGGUGUCAGACAUGCACUCCCGGCGCCCGCCACUGACUCACAAGAUGCCUCCCACCAUGAUGAUAUUGUCCUGGACAAUGACGCCCGUGUUGAGCCGCAGGCGCAGGAGCUCUACCCCAAGCCGGUCGAGCUCAUCCGCCAGGAAGAAUACCCCCAUAUGAGCCACGGAACCUACCUCGACCACAGCGGCACCACCAUCUACGCCGCCUCCACCAUCGCCCGCACGACCGACAAACUGCUGGCCAACCUGUACGGCAACCCGCACUCGGCCAACCGCCCCGCCCAGCUGUCGGGCGACGUGGUGGAUAGCGUGCGGCUGCGGGCGCUGCGCUUCCUGGGCGCCGACCCGCGCCACUUCGACCUGGUCUUCACGGCCAACGCCACGGCCGCCAUCAAGCUGGUGGCCGACGCCUUCCGCGACCUGGGCGAGCAGACCCGCGCGGGCCGGUUCUGGUACGGCUACCACGCCGACGCCCACACCAGCCUCGUGGGCGUGCGCGAGCUGACCGGCGGGGACCACACCGUCUUUGAGGGCGACGCCGACGUGGAGGCUUGGUUGUCUUCGGAUGGUCAUGGUCAUGGCCAUGAUGCUUCUUCUUCUUCUUAUGCUUAUGCUUAUUAUGAUGGUGGUGGUGGUCGUGUGGACGGGAAAAGGGUCUCCAGCCUGGGCCUGUUCGCCUACCCGGGCCAGUCGAACCUCACGGGCCGGAGGCUGCCGCUCGAGUGGGCCGGCAGGCUGCGCCGACUACGACGGGCUGGUGCUGGGGGACGGGAUACGUAUACCCUGCUGGAUGCGGCGGCGCUGGCCAUGACCUGCCCCAUGGCGAAGGUUUUUGCGGACCCGGAUGCGGCCCCGGAUUUCACCUGCGUGUCGUUCUACAAGAUCUUUGGCUUCCCCGACCUGGGCGGGCUGGUGGUCCGCAAGGAGUCCGGCCACAUCCUCGCGCUGAGGAAGUACUUUGGCGGCGGGACCGUGUCGAUGGUGAGUGCCAUUGGCGGCGCGUGGCAUCUGUCGAAGGGGCUGGAGAACACUAGGGGGGAGGGUGGGGAUCAUCAUCAGGUGGGCGGUGAUGGUGGUGGUGCGCUGCACGAGGGUCUCGAGGACGGAACCUUGCCGUUCCACAGCAUCUUGGCGCUGGGGGAGGCCAUCGACGUGCAUGCCGAGCUGUACGGGUCGAUGGAGAACGUCUCGGCGCAUACUACCGCCUUGGCAAGGAGGUUAUAUGAGGGGAUGAGGGCGCUGAGGUAUCGCAACGGGCAGCCGUUGUGCAUGGUGUACGAGGCCCAGGGCGGAAGCAGGGUUACAGGAUACGGGGAUGCCAGGCGUCAGGGCGCGACUGUGGCCUUCAACGUGUUCAGGGCGGAUGGGGGAUACGAAUCAUACGCCACGGUGGAGAGGAUGGCUAACGAGAGGGGGGUUUACGUGCGAUCAGGGGGCAUCUGUUGUCCCGGAGGACUGUACACCGCGCUGCAGUACGAGCCGUGGCACUUGAACCGGGCAAAGUCGGCGGGUCACCAUUGUGGGCCCUACGGAUUGAGCCUAAUCAACGAGUUGCCUACGGGAGUUGUACGAGCCAGCCUCGGCGCCAUGAGCACUCGCCAGGAUGUCGACCGGUUCCUGGCCUUCCUGCACGAGACCUUCAUUGCGCGCGAAGACAGCGGCUAUGCCAACAGCAAUGGCAACGGCUCUGUGGCGUCGGUCAAGUCCGAGCAUCUAGAGAGCGUUGGGUCGGAGCAGCAUGUCUGCCUCCCGCAGGCGGCGGCUGCUUGCUGUUCGGUGUAGGUGACACUAAGCCGAGGAUAGGGUCGCAGAUGGCUGUUGUUGGGCGUCGUGUAUAUUUUCCCUGUCUUAUAACUUGUCCCUUGGUCGGUGUCGGUGGGCUUUGUCUGCUUUUUUUGGGCGGUUUUGUUAAAAUGCUUGGAAAAUACCUUCAGUUUACCUGAUAUAUGUGAGGAGAGAGUGAGUCAA